AUGGAACGUGUAGUUAAUCCCCAAGCGAUUGAUUUGGGCAAAGUAACUUUCCCUGCUGAAGGCCACAGUUCUCUGGCUACGACUCUGAAUCGUGUUCCUCGCUUGAGCGAAAUUUGCUUGGCCGCUUUGAGUCCCGGAAAGAAAAGGAAUGGUCAACUUAGUAGGGGUUAUCCCUUCCAGAUUAAGAAUGGUUCCUAUCGAUAUCGACAUCCCAGACGAACUGGACAGUUGUGCAAUGUUUGUCGUAAACUAUUUCCCAUAUUUACGGAUUAUGAAGCUCAUUUGGUAGAUGGUAAUUGCUCAAAUGAAAUGCCUCCAGAUCCAGUUCCUAUCCAUAUGUCCGACUCAGGAAACGUUCCAUCAAACUACGAUCUCUCGCCUAUCACUGAGUGUGCUAAGGCCACAGCAAAGCCACGGGUAAUGAUUUGUUCGUUAUGUCAUGAUGAUCGAUUUUCUUCUGUGACGAUGUUUCACGAGCACAUAAUUGAAUGCGCCAGGAAAUUGGCUUUUUGUGGUGGGUUUUCGUCUUGA